AGUCAUCAUCUGGAGGUGGCGGCCACAGGCAGUCUCGAUAGACUGAGGACACCAUUCUAACCUCAUCAGCCAGUGGCCUCUCUCUCCAGCCACGCCACAGGCAUUGUAGGUGUGGCUAUUGAUGUGAGGUCCUGUGACCUACGUGCACAUUGCCUUACUGCAGUUUCUGUGUGUAUGGGACAUCAGAGAGCAUCAUCUGCUGCAGACUGUGUCGGUCAAGUUCCCUUUCACCCAGCGACAGCCCGACUUUGGUCCCUCUCCUCUCCUUACCCUCCCACUCCCUCUCCCACACUCAACAUUUCCUGUAAUGAAUACAUGGCCAGGUUUACUCUCAAUGAAGCUGCUGGGUUGGAAGGAGAAAAAGUGGACAUUGGUCACACACACCCAGUUUGUGGAGUUUUCUUUAUACCUCACUUUGAUCAGCUGGUGAGUGGAUGUGAGGGAGGAGAAGUGAGAGUGUGGGACGUUGGUUUCAGAAGGACCUGUAUGAAGGUAGAGGGCUGCCACAGAGACGAAGAGCUGACAGCACUGGCAGUAUAGACACUGAGGGAGGUCGUAUCCUGACUGGGUCACGUUUCGGAGCCAUCAAGGUCUGGGACAGUCUGACGGGGCAGAACCUGCAGAGUCUGGAGACUCCUGGAGCCACAGAAGUUGUCAGCAUACUGCACCACCCAGAGAUGAGGAGGUUCCUUGCCACUGGCUGGAACAGACAGAUAUCUGUCUUUGAAGACAAGGAAGCUCAGCUAAGUCCAGAGCCAGCCUGGGCUGGUGGAACCCCACACUGCGAUGACAUCAUCACCAUGGACUACUGUUCUCCCUACUACCUUGCCACUGGCAGUUUUGAUGGUCUCACUGUUGUAUGGAACACCGACACUGAACGGAUUGUGGCUCAAUUCAGAUCACAAUUAAAGAGAAGAGACCAGAUUCUCACAUCUGCCACUCUGAAGUCUCCUACAUCACAACAUCCACCCUCUGCUACCAAUUCUCUCUCAACAUCAUCCAGACCAGCCAGUAGGAGGCUUUCAUCAUACAGACUCAAGUCUGCAAGCAGUUCCCACUUACACCACGUUCCUGUUGACAAACUUCUGUUCUUGAAAACACGUGUGAAGUCUAAGGCAAGAGGCCAAAGUACACUAGUGACCAGCGAAGGAGGACACGCAUUCUUCUGGGACAUGUUCAGUUCUGGUCCUCCACUUGGUUUGUGUCCCUCCCUACGUAUAUUAAGCUACUGUGGUAGAUACUGCUUCUUCUCUCUAUAGGUUCAUUCCAAAUGACUGAGAAGGAGGGAGAAGUGGUGAUGGCAAUGGCAAUAGAUGACAACUGUCGGUGGCUGCUGGCAGGAGACACUGCUGGCUAUCUCCACCUCUUCAACAUUGAACACUACUGCACCCACCAACACACACCAGAUGAAGGAAAGGUGGAGGCUGAGCUGAGUUGGGAGGCCCAUUCCAGUGAGGCCAUGAGUGUCGUGUGGGUGGAUCCCGGACUCGUCGUCUCAGGUUCGGCUGACCACUCACUGAGAAUGUGGACUACUGAUGGCCAGUGUGUUGGCUGCUUUGGACAGCCACCUCAGUCCUGGGCAUCACCAGCAGCAGCUACUCUCUCCUGCCAAAUCUCCUCACAAAACCCCCAUGCCACUGAUGAUGCUUCAACAGAGGGUAGUGAAAGAAGUGUGGACGACCAUAAAGAAUUUGUCCAAGUGGAAAAAGAGAUUCUCCCAGUGAGAUGGCACAGGAGAAGGUCCUGAGUAAGGACUACCAGGUGGUAGUUAGACAGAGAAUGGCUGAGAAACUGGAGAGGAGAACUCAGUUCUCUACAGUUGACACAGCUGCAGUCUCUCGUAUCCCGGCCCAGUUCUCCCCAUUCCAGGCCCUGCAUGUACAAGAUAUUGCUGAUAUUGAGAUACCUACAGACAUUGAUACAGCUCUAACAACUCCAUGACCAAAGAGAGACUACCUGUAGCUAGACACCAUUCAAUCUCUUUUUGGGUCUAUAAAGACAAUACCCAAGAUAUGUCAUUAUUUUUGGAUAGUUUUGGCUGUGUGUAUUAAAGAGCUUGAUUUUAGCUGGUGACGCACCAUGCACUAUGACACAAUGAACCUACACUUUGCACUGUAAAUUUAUGGGGAAAAGAAAGGCCUGAGAUAGCUAGUCUCCUGCCUUUGUUAGUUAUGAGAGUGGAAGAGUCGGUUUUGCCAUGGAGACAAGUGAAUUAAACUAACAUAUUUAAGGAUGCUGACACCCCCGACCCCAACGCACACAACCCCUAUAUUGUUGCCUGGU